GAGAUGGCACCAGCUCUGGCAGGGUCAUGCCCCCUCUUGCUUCUCUUUCUGGGACUAUGGGAAGUCCCAGUCAGCGCAAAGCCUCAGAACCUGACCUACGCCCAGUGGUUUCAAGUUCAGCACAUCCAGCCCAGCCCUCUCCAGUGCAACAGGGCCAUGGGCAGGAUUAACUCUUACACCCACCACUGCAAGCCCCUUAACACCUUCCUCCAUGACUCUUUCCCAAAUGUGGUCAUUACCUGUGAAUCUCCCAGCAUGACCUGUAAGAAUGGCCGGGAGAACUGUCAUCAGAGCCCUAGCACAGUCUCCAUGACUCAGUGUGACCUCACCUCUGGGAGAUACCCCAAUUGCCGCUACAGUGACACCUCCCUAGAUAGAGCCUACAUUGUGGCCUGUGAUCCCCCUGAAAGUGGUGAUCCCCCUGGAUAUCAGCUGGUUCCUGUGCACCUGGAUGGCACCGUUUAG